AUGCAUUCUUCUGUUUGUCAUAGGGUAUUAAGUUGCGUAUCUAUGAAUGGAGUAUCUACUAUUACCGACACUCUGGUACGAGAAUAUUUACUGCUACGUGGCCUUUACAAUGCACUCAAAGCAUUUGACCAAGAUGCGAAAUCAGGAAAAGAUUUGAAGCUUCAGGUUGAUAAAUUUGUUGCUGAUGCGUUAGCUGCUGUGGAUAAUCUCGAUAUAGACGUAUUGAAAUCCAUAUGGGAUCUAUGGAAGGCAAAAGUCUUCAACUCGUUGUCAGGUGAAAAUGCUCGUUUGACAACUGUGUAUGAAACUGAUAUGUAUCGAUUGUUCCUAGUCAAAUGCAUGGAGAAUAAACGCAUGGAUAAGUGUAACCAGUUCUUCCUGAAAUGUGCUUCACUAACUCAGAAUAAUCCCACAUGGGCUGAGUGGUUUGCUUUUCCAUACCAUCCGAAACCGGAAGGUUGUCAGGCUUAUCGAAAAUACUACAGUAAUGAAUGGAGGGAGAUUUUUGUAAUAUCACUUCACAAUUUCGUGCGGAUAGCCAUUCAAUCCGCUCCGCGAUCGCAUCUUGUGCAAAUGAUUGAGCUAAUAUCUGAGGAGGUGGAGCAAGGAAACAGCGAACGUUCACAUGCAGUAAAUUAUGGAAUGCUUAAUCCGUUUGAAGAUGAGCUUAUGGACGACUUCGCUGUUAUUGCUCAGUAUGUUCUUUGGCUUUAUUUUGUUUCUUCUGAAAUUCUUUUCAGUAACUAUACACGUUUACCGGGUAGAAGAGUUUGA